AUGCUCCGCCGGCCGCCCACGACCCUGGCCAUCACGGCCGAGGACGUAGCCGCCUACGAGGACCGCGCCGAGCGCCGCGCCCUCGCGCAGCAGCACCACCAACAGCUCCAGCAGCACCACCACCACCACCACCAGCAACAACGACAGCAGCAGCAAAUGCCCCUCUCCUCCGAUGACGACGAGCCCGUCGGCGACUACGAGCUAGACUACGAGGAAGAAGAAGGGGAAGAGGAGACGGAGGAGGAGGCCGCGCGCCGCCACUACCAGCACCAGAACGGCGGAGGCGGCAUGAUGGCGAUGAUGAUGGCCGUCGACGAGCACCACCACCAGGAGUACCAGCACCAGCACCAGCCGUCGCCGCCGCACGCGCAGGUCGUGCAGCACAACCGCGAGGUGCGGCAGCGCCUGCAGCAGCGGAUCUACGGGGACGGCGCCGCGGGGCCGCACCGGCCGCAGCAGCAGGCGCAGCAGCAGCAGCAGCAACAACAACACGCGAGGCAGCAGCAGGGCGGGCAUGCGCGGGCCGGGCCGGAAGCGACCCGGGCGACGAGGAGCCGCGACGAGAGGAUCACGGGCGCUCCGAGCGGUGCUGGUACUGGUGCUGGCGGCGCGGCGGGGAGGAGACGCGGCUGA